AUGGGAUCCUCAAAGAAGCAGACCGCCGUGCCCGUCAGGACAAAGGUCCCGAGCCCAGAAGAGGUUGAGAAGCGUAACACUGUCCAUAUCAACGCGGAAACUGUCACCAAUGUCACAUCCACCGACUUUCCCGGCUUCUACCCCGGCGAGGACCAUUCCUGGGAUAUCGAAAAGUUCCGCGAAAGUGUCCGCGUAGAGUUCCACCAGAACGACCCUUACGAGGCUCAAUUUUCACUCAUUGGCGUCGACGCCUCUAUCGCCAAUGCCUUCCGCCGUAUCAUGAUUGCCGACAUCCCCACGCUGGCCAUCGAGGACAUUUUCAUGUGGAACAACACCUCUGUGAUCCAGGACGAAGUUCUUGGCCACCGCCUGGGCCUGAUCCCGUUCACCGGCGGCAAGGAAGGCCUCCACAACUUCCUCAAGUGGUACAAGAAGGGCGAGACCCCGUGCGACUACAACACGGUCGAGCUCGAGCUCAAGGUCAAGUGCGAGAAUAACGAGAACGCGCCGGCGGACAGCAAGGACCCCAAGGAGCUCUACCACAACGCCCAUGUUUACGCCAAGGACAUCAAGUUCGUGCCCAAGGGCCGGCAAGCCAAGUACUUCUCGGGCGAGAACGCCAUCCGGCCCACGAACCCCGACAUCCUCGUCGCCAAGAUGCGGCCGGGACAGGAGAUCGAUCUGACGAUGCACAUGCACAAGGGCGUUGGGUCCGAUCACGCCAAGUUCUCCCCCGUCGCCACAGCCUCGUACCGCCUCAUGCCGACCAUCACCAUUCUCGAGCCGAUCCUGGGCCGCGACGCCGAGAAAUUCCAGAAGUGCUUCCCCGAGGGCGUCAUCGGGCUGGAGAAGGUCACCAAGGAGGAGGCGAAGAAGAAGGGUAGCGGAUAUGAGGGCCAUGAGGGCGAGCUCAAGGCCGUGGUCCUGGACGCCAUGCGUGACACCGUCAGCAGAGAGUGCUUGCGCCAUGACGAGUUCAAGGACAAGGUCAAGCUGGGCCGAAGGAGGGAUCACUUCAUUUACCUGGUGGAGAGCACGGGGCAGUGGGAAAGCGACGCCAUCUUCCUCGAAUCGAUCGCCCACCUCAAGGAGAAGGCGAAGAGGUUCGAGAAGCAGGUGGUGAACAUGGUACAGUAAACAUUGCACCAGGGGCAGGGGGAUUCAAGACAGCACGAAGAAGAGGUGAGGUUAUUUCUAUGUAUGGUGGUUGAGACAGAAUUUGAGCGAUCAUCAUGUGGAAUCACACAGGGAAAGAGGAAAAAUCACACGGAUCAGGUCGUGAGGAUACCCAUCUCUCUUGUAACCAUACAAAAGAACAUUGGAACGGCGUCAUGGAGGCUAGGGAUUGGUGGCCAGCUUUAGUUUAAUGGUUUCUGCUUGUUAAUUAUCAUAGACAUGUCGGUGCACAGGAGUCAUAAACCACACUGUCUUG